AUGAAUGUCUCUUUUGAAUAAAUUAAUCGUUCGCCUUUAAAUAGAUCAGUGUCAAAAGCUCUGUACUCAUUUCCAAAAGCCACUCGUUUUAAAGAUUUCAAAGACAAACCAUGUCCCAAUAUAUACAAUAUCCCCUCGAUGAUGAGCAAACGUAGUGCUGCAAUAGGAUAUGGAUAAAAGUCAAAUUUUAUUCAGGAAAGCAUAACCCCAGGACCCAACAAUUACGAAAUUAAGACCACUCUCAAUAUAAGCAACGGCUGGACUAUGCCUGUUGGUCGAGAUAAAGGUAAUAAGUAUGAAGGUAUCUUCAUUGGCCUUAUACAAAAAACUCCUGGGCCUGGGGAAUAUGAACACAAGGACACCAAAUCUCCCAUCAAGUACACAAUAAGAAUGAGAACUGAGAGUCACAAAGACAAGGAUAGAAAACCAGGACCUGGUGAUUAUAAUUUGCCUGCAGCACUCAAUGAAACUGGAAAAUAUAAAAUUAGCAAAUUUAGAGAUUCCGGAGCUAUCAUCCUUUCGCCUCAAAAGUCUAAAAGCUUUCGUUUUUCACCAGCCAAGGAACUCUCACCUGGUCCUGGAGACUAUGCUCAUUUAGGAGAUAUUGAUCCGAAAGGGUUGUAUUAUUGUUCCAAAUUUGCAGAUACUAAAUCUACCAUAUUCACAAGGGCUAAGAGGGAAUUAACUAAAAUUCGAGCUGUAUCUCCAGGACCUGGGGCCUAUAGAUUGCCUUCAGAAUUUGGUCACUAUGAAAAACCGAAUAAAUGA